AUGCCCUUGCGCCGCGUACUUACGUCGCUCUUUCUCGCCAGCAGUUGCGCGUUGGUUAACGCCGAGCUUCCAGAUCUACCGGAUGAUUAUGAUGUACUCCAAUAUAUUGACCCGCUGAUCGGCACGGCAAACGGAGGCAAUGUCUUUCCGGGAGCCACUUUGCCGUAUGGCAUGGCUAAGGCUGUCGCCGAUACUGAUUCAGAAAGCAACCAGGGCGGUUUUGCAUAUGAUGGUAGCAAUGUGACUGGUUUCUCGAGUAUGCAUGACUCUGGUACUGGAGGUAGUCCUUCUUUGGGGAACUUCCCUCUGUUUGCGUACCCGCAGUGCGCAAAUGAUGUUGUGGAUGGUUGUGUCUUCCCGAAGAAGGCUAGAGCUACACCCUAUACGAAGGGCUCUGUUGAGUCCCAUCCAGGCUAUUUUGCUAUUUCGCUGCCGUCUGGAGUGCGGGUCGACAUGACUGCUGCUCAUCAUACAUCGCUUUUUCGGUUUAAUUUCACAAAUGCUACCAGUCCGCUGAUCCUUCUGGAUCUUUCUGACCUGUCGGACUCGCGGCAAGACAAUGCAACUAUAUCUGUUGAUGAGCUCACGGGACGUAUGACUGGAAAUGCUAAGUUCCUGCCUAGCUUUGGUAGCGGAUCAUACACUCUUCAUUUCUGUGCCGAUUUCAACAGCUCUGCCAGUUUAAGGGAUAGUGGCAUCUUUGUUGAUGCACGGGCAAGCACUGAUGUUCAUGAUUUGAAGAUAUCGCGGAGUAUCAAUGGCUACCCUCUCCCAGGUGGUGGCUUUGUUCGCUUCAAUCCUCCGUCUGAUGGCAUCAUUCAGGCUCGUGUUGGAGUAAGCUUUAUCAGCCCAGACCAGGCCUGCUCUCAUGCCGAAUCAGAGAUCGGUGACUUCAACUUUGAGUCUACACAUAGUAAUGCUGUUGAGAAAUGGACCGAGAAACUCAGUCCAAUUCGCGUUUCACGAACCGGUGUUGAAUCAUCGGUUCUCACCAAUUUCUACAGCGGCAUCUAUCGGACAAUGGUGAACCCCCAGAACUAUACUGGAGAGAAUCCCCUCUGGACCAGCACAGAGCCGUAUUUUGAUUCUUUUUACUGGUUUGUAGCACCACCCCUGGCUUCAUGUUCGCCGCUUACCAUUACUAGUCUAUGGGACUCUUUCCGCUCCCAGAUUCCUUUCCUCACAAUCACCGAUCCUAGUGCAGUCGCUCAGAUGGUCCGUUCCUUGAUUGAUACCCAGCGCCAUCUCGGAUGGCUUCCCGACUGUCGCAUGUCACUUUGCAAGGGCUACACUCAGGGAGGAUCAAAUGCCGACAACAUCCUUGUUGAUGCUUAUGUGAAGGGCAUCAAUGAUGGGAUUGACUGGGACUAUGGAUAUGCCGCAGUCCAAAAAGAUGCCGAGGUGGAGCCUUUUGACUGGUCCAAUGAGGGCCGUGGUGGACUUCAUAGCUGGAAAACGCUGAACUAUAUCCCUGUCGAAGACUUUGACUACGUGGGCUUCGGAACUAUGACUCGAAGUAUUUCACGCACGCUUGAGUACUCAUACAAUGACUAUGCCAUCGCCCAGAUGGCUCGUGGAAUGAACAAAACGGCCGACGCAGAGAAGUACGAAAAGAACUCGGGAGCAUGGCAAAACUUAUUCAAGAAGGAUCAAACUUCAUACCUCAAGAAGAACAACACUGGCUUUGUGGGAUUCUUCCAGCCCAAGUAUCUCAAUGGGACCUGGGGACACCAGGAUCCUCUUAAGUGCUCGAACAUUGACAACUCCGGAAGCAUAUGCUCCCUCCAGAACACUGGCGCGGAAACAUUCGAGUCCAGUAUUUGGGAGUAUCAAUUCUUCGUACCCCACGACAUGGCUGCACUUAUCCCUCUACUCGGCGGUGCCUCAAGCUUUGUCAAGCGCCUCGACUACCUGCAUGACAAAAACAUCACAUACAUCGGCAACGAGCCUGCUUUCUUGACCGUUUUCCAAUACCAUUAUGCUGGACGUCCUGCAAAAUCUACUGCGCGAGUUCGCACAUACAUUCCGGAUUACUUUUCUCCGACUCCUACUGGUCUACCUGGUAACGACGACUCCGGCGCCAUGGGAUCCUUUGUCGCAAUGUCGAUGAUGGGUCUCUUCCCGAAUCCAGGACAGAGCGUCUACCUGAUCACUGUCCCGUUCUUUGAAUCGGUGAGUAUCACCUCGCCGCUGACAGGCAAAACGGCUUCUCUGCGCGUUGUCAACUGGGCCGAUUAUAACAGCCUCAACAACACCGGUGGAUCAGGUUUCAUUCAAUCCGCUACUCUUAAUGGCUUGCCGUAUACACGAAACUGGGUCGACCAUGGCUUCUUCACCCAGGGCCAGGAUUUGGUUCUCACCUUGGGCCUCAAUGAGAGUAAUUGGGGUACGAAGCCUGAAGAUCUGCCACCUUCUUUGUCACAUUCCGCGGACGUGGAUGCGCGUGACCUUGACUAUGACGAUCUUCGGGAGAGCGGAAUUCUAGGAAGUGGGGAGGCAUAUCGCACAGAACAUCAUUGA